AUGAUCAAGGGAGGUCUUUCCGUCGUCGAUUUUGGAUACGACUUCGACAAGCACCACAACAAAACCAGCCUCGCGGCUAUGUGCUCCAACUACAACAUCCAAGCCUCCUCUUCCAGCAAGCCCGACUGCGUGUUCGCAGUCGAGUCCUUCUUCGCCCACCAGCGAUUUAAGCAUGGCCGCCAUGACCGGUCAUACCUCGAACCCGACUUCAAACCCCGGUCCUACUCCAACGCACAACUACGCCAAGUUCUCGCCUACCACGACCUCCGCGUGCCAGGUAAAGCCAAUUUCGAGACUAUGCAGGCUAUCUUUGAGGACAACCUGGUCAGCAUGCGCAUCGAGCUGCAAGGUUAUCAACGCGCCGCGCCAGAGGAUCUUGGCAUCGAUAUGGGCCGUCUAACUCUGCACCCCGUCUCGCCUGCUUCAUCACGCACUCUGGCGGCAGUGGCGAGUGCUGCACCUCGAAGACCUUCGACCCGGCCGGUGCCCGACAGAAAAACCCUCCAAGAUGCAACGAUCUAUAUUGCUAGAAUGUUUUCUCAGAUGCGUAGCCUUGCUAAAAACAUGGACAACGAAGAUUACGAGGACGUCAUUGACGGACUGCGCCAGAUGUUGAGCUAUCUGCCUGCAUCUCUGGCGGGCGAAUCCUCCGGCAAGUCCCACACGGCCGAGGAGGGCGGUUUCCAGGAAGAUUCCGAGGAGUACGAGGACACGGCGAAGUUGUUGAUGCUAGAACUGGGCAGCCUCCCUCAGAUGGCGCAGCGAGUCCUCUCGUCUGACCCUGGACAUGCUGUUGAGCUGAUUGAACGGUUCGCGGUGAGCAUGGUGUGGCAGCUCGGUCGUUUGGCGUAA